CCGCGCGGGCCCCGGCCCUCGGCGACAUGCCGUGUGGGGAGGACUGGCUCAGCCACCCGCUCGGGAUCGUGCAGGGCUUCUUCGCCCAAAAUGGAGUUAAUCCUGACUGGGAGAAGAAGGUAAUUGAAUAUUUUAAGGAAAAGCUGAAGGAAAAUAAUGCUCCUAAAUGGGUGCCAUCAUUGAAUGAAGUUCCUCUUCAUUAUUUGAAACCUAACAGUUUUGUAAAAUUCCGUUGCAUGAUUCAGGAUAUGUUUGACCCUGAGUUUUACAUGGGUGUCUAUGAAACGGUUAACCAAAACACAAAAGCACGUGUUCUUCAUUUUGGAAAAUACAGAGAUAUAGCAGAAUGUGGGCCUCAGCAAGAACUUGAUUUAAACUCUCCACGAUCUACCACUUUGGAAAGACAGACUUUCUACUGCGUUCCAGUGCCUGGGGAGUCUACGUGGGUCAAAGAAGCCUACAUCAAUGCGAACCAAGCUCGAGUCAGUCCCUCAACGUCCUACACUCCCAGUCGUCACAAGAGAAGUUACGAAGAUGACGAAGAUAUGGACCUUCAGCCCAGUAAACAGAAAGACCAACAUCCAGGUGCCAGACAAGCAGGCUGUGUUGGUGGUCUUCAGUGGUGUGGCGAGCCAAAGCGCUUAGAAACCGAAGCUUCUACUGGGCAGCAGCCGAAUCCCUUAAACCUUUCUUCCCCCUUUGAUCUGAACUUUCCACUGCCUGGAGAGAAGGGCCCCGCGUGCCUCGUGAAGGUGUAUGAAGACUGGGAAUGCUUCAAAGUAAAUGAUGUUCUGGAGUUGUACGGUGUACUCUCUGUGGAUCCCAUUCUGAGCAUACUGAAUAAUGAAGAAAGGGACGCCUCUGCGCCGCUGGACCCCAUGGAGUGCGCAGAUGCGGCAGAGGAGCAGAGGGUGCACAGUCCUCCAGCAUCACUGGUGCCACGAAUUCAUGUGAUCUUAGCCCAGAAGUUGCAGCACAUCAAUCCUUUGUUGCCCACUUGCCUUAACAAAGAGGAGAGCAGAACCUGUAAGUUCGUGUCGAGUUUCAUGUCCGAGUUGUCACCGGUCAGAGCAGAGCUGCUGGGGUUCCUCACUCAUGCCCUCCUGGGAGACAGCCUGGCUGCUGAGUACCUUAUAUUACAUCUCAUCUCCACAGUAUAUACAAGAAGAGAUGUUCUUCCACUAGGAAAAUUUACAGUUAACUUGAGUGGUUGUCCACGGAAUAGUACCUUCACAGAACAUUUAUAUCGAAUCAUUCAACAUCUUGUUCCAGCAUCUUUUCGUCUGCAGAUGACUAUAGAGAACAUGAACCAGCUGAAAUUCGUCCCCCACAAAGACUACACGGCCAACCGCUUGAUCAGCGGACUCCUGCAGCUGCCCAGCAGCACCUCCCUUGUCAUCGAUGAGACUCUUCUAGAACAAGGGCAGCUGGACACCUCAGGUGUUCAUAAUGUGACUGCCCUGAGCAACCUGAUAACUUGGCAGAAGGUAGAUUAUGACUUCAGUUACCAUCAGAUGGAGUUCCCAUGCAACAUCAAUGUUCUCAUCACUUCUGAGGGAAGGUCACUGCUCCCGGCAGACUGCCAGAUCCACUUACAGCCCCAGCUGAUUCCACCCAACAUGGAGGAGUACAUGAACAGCCUUCUCUCCGCGGUGCUGCCUUCUGUGCUGAACAAGUUCCGGAUCUACUUGACUCUGCUGAGAUUCCUGGAUUACAGCAUAUCUGAUGACAUAACCAAGGCAGUCGAAGAUGAUUUUGUGGAAAUGAGGAAGAACGACCCUCAGAGUAUCACUGCCGACGAUCUCCACCAGCUGCUUGUGGUCGCUCGAUUUCUGUCUCUGAGUGCUGGUCAGACGACACUCUCCCGAGAACGAUGGCUGAGAGCAAAGCAGCUGGAGUCCUUAAGAAGAACCCGGCUUCAGCAGCAGAAAUGUGUGAAUGGGAAUGAGCUUUGAAGUUCUCACACACGGAGAGUACCGGACAGCCUGCAGCCACAUCAUCACAACAUUCAAACGUCAUUUGUACUAUUCUUUUAUAAAUUUGUAUCAAGAACCAAUGACUUUUCCUGAAAUCAAGGCCUGGUACCACCUGAAGUUUAUAUGAUGCUCAGUAAUGGCUUUUACCUUACUGGUUUUAUGGAGCUUUUGGAGUUUGUUUUUUAAUUAUAUAAAUUAGUAAUGAUGUACAAAAAUGUAUUUGAUAUUGAAGGUUUAAUAUUGAUGUUGCUGAUGAUUAUACCAUUUCCUUAGCUGUGGCUAAGUCAUAGGCCAGACUCCGUGGAAAUGCCAAGUUCACGUGAAGCGAGUCGUAGCCGCGGCAGUGCUGGAGGAACUGCACUUCAGAAUUCUCUCUGGUGGUUGACGCAGUGGGUCUGAGUGCUCAAUAGUCUGGGGUGAGGUGUACUUGCCAUGGAUUGACAUGUGAACCCUACAGUAGCAAUUUCCAAACGUUUGGCCAUAGAAACCCUUUCCUACUUAACAGCCUACAGAACCAGUCUUUUACAUAGCAGUUCCUAACUUGUAGAUUUCAUGAGCCAGUAAUACUUCCAAAGAUUUUUUUUAGGUUAGAGUUGCCAAUUUAUUUUGCCAAUUGAUAUUAAAAAAAAAACAAAAAACAAAACACUGUGUGAUUUCCCCCUUUUCCUUAAAAGGACAAUCUCAGAAUGAGAUAGAUAAUCUUAGAAUAAAUGUAGCUUUGUGAACACUACACUGUCCUUACCUUUUGCAUAUCCUAGAGUAUUUGGGAAUCACCAUCUUUUGGGAUAAACAUAAAAACAUGCUAUGCUACCUUAUGGAAAUUUGUCCAAACCCAUAAAAAGGUAAACUUCGAUCUUUAUGGUGCUGGGGAUCAAAUCCCAGCCCUGUUAUAGUGUAGGAAAGUGCUGUACCACUGAGCUGCAUCCCCAGACCAAUUCUGAUAUGCACAUUUUCAAACGAUCAAAAAUACUAUUGUAGUCAUCAGGUUAAUAUAGUGGUAAUCGUGGCAACAAGGAUCUUCAGAAAGGCCAAAACAUUAUUUUCAAGCUAUUAGUAGUAUAUAUGAAGACUGAUUUCUUUUUGUCAGUUGACUUAGCUAGUUGGAAACAGAUCAGUUUAAUGAUUCCUUCAUUUUUUCCUAUUAGGAAGGCUUAAAACUGACAGCGUUAACCAAGGAAACAGGGUCAGCCUUGACAUAAUCAAGGAUUUUUGCCUAAUGAAGGGAAGUAAAAAUUACUAGUUGUCCAGCAUUCUUUUCCUAAAUUCAAAUCUAUUUUUAUAAACUAAUGUAAAUAAUGUUUAUAUUAGAAUUCUAACUGGUUUUCAUUUUUAUAACUGGUAGACUAGACCUUAAACUUUUGGAAAUAAAAUGCUUAGUUGGAUUUGUGAGAAUAAAAUACAUUUUCUCUGUCCUACAAUAAGAUUUUUUUAGUUAUGUCUCUAAUUGUGCCAAUGUAUACUGUAAUUUACCAAAGAGAUCAUAAUUUUGCUUGGUCUUACCUAAAAGUUCCCUUGGAAGAACCCUUUUCCAGUAAAUAAAACCUCCCAAAUUAUCAGUA